AUGUACGACUAUGGUUUGGUGGGUCGUGGCUUUCCUGAAGUGACUUUGAGCCCUGAUCUUUCGGUGCCGUGGAAGACUCACUGCGGGGUGCACAUCUCGGUGAAGGCAGCACGCACCCAGCGCUGGUACCGUCAGCUCGUGCUGCCGCAGCCGCUGCCGUCUCGAGAGAGGCCUCGUGCGGUCGCUGACCCAGACAGCAAGACGUCGAAGCGUAAGGCUGCCGCUCGUGAACGCAAGUUGCAGCAACUUCCAACAGAGAUGCAGGACUUGUUCGACGAUUUCUUUGGGCCCAUGGAGGGGCCCGAUGGCAUGACGUCCUUUGGGGGCCCCCAGAGCACGCACUGCUCGCCACCCAUGCCCGCUGGGCCAACGGGGGUUGAGGGUACCGACUCUGGGGGCAGUCGACCUGACGUCGCCAGCGAUGUGGCUUUUGCGAUUUCUGAUGAGACCUGGGACGAGGCCACGACUCAGAUCUACUGGGAAGGCGUUCCUGAACCGCAUGGCCAGGUCCCUGCUGGAUUUCUGGGUCAUCAUGCUCCUUACGACCCCGCACGACACUUCGGUUUCCGCUGGCAAGUUGAGGGCCGUGCGCGGGUCGAUGCUUUGCACAACCAUUGGGUCACGGUCAUGGAGAGGGCUGUGCUCCUGCAUGAGAAGGUUGACUCUGACAAGUGGAAGCAGUACUCAGGCCGAGCUCGUGGCCCUGCCUGUUGCUGGAAGUUGGUACGUUCGACUCCUGGACGUGCUCACAUGCGCAAUGAGCAGGCUGAGUGGUGGGGCCUUGUCAGCACGCUGGUCACGCGCUACGUGGCCUUGGUGAGGAACGAUUCUGACCCGCACCAGGCGGCCCAGUGCGUCGUGAAGGCUCGGCACCUGAUCGAGCAGCUGGACGGCAAGUCUGAUGAGCUGUUCUUUGGCAAGAAGCAGGACCCUCAGGAGGUCUUCGUCUGGAAGAGCAUGGUGCACAGCCUGGACCUGGCAAUGCUGCAAGGUCUGGCGAAGGAGUGGCAGACGAUGUGGACCGACCCAGUCGACUCGCCCGAGGACGUUCUGGCGAUGAUGCAGAAGUGUUUGGACGCUGCCAGGGAGGACCCUCUGCCCACCAUCACUCUGCUGGACCUGGAUGCCGUGCUGCCGAAGAUCCCUGCAAAGAAGGCCAAGGGCGUUGAUGCUCUGAGCCCCUUGGACAUUCAACGGCAACCUGAUGCAGCUCGUCAGGCCUUCGUGGACACCUUGAACGCGAUCGAGGCAGCAGGGGUAUGGCCUUCCAGCCUCAGCAGUGUCCUCGGUGCGGCCAUCCCGAAGGAGGCGGGGGGCUGCCGUGUGCUGGGGCUGGUUCCCAUGCCGCAGAAGGCCGGCCUGCAGAUUGGAUUCCCGCCGAUUAUUUUGCUGCUGGAGAUAGGCCUCUACUCCUUUCCGCGCCUUUUGAAGAAGGGCCAGAUGAUCACGGAGGCGGUGGAGGUCACCAGGUCGAUCGUCGCGGGGUCUGGGCUCGGAGUACCUCUGGCUAAGGUGAUGUUGCAUCGGCUGUUGGAUACCGUCCAUCGUGAGGUCCCUCCUGCUGGCCUGUGGAGCUAUAUAGACGACACUGUUGGCCGCGCAGAGGGCACCAAGCAGAAGGUCAUCCGUGACCUCGAGGCGACGGCCGAUGUCAUGGCAGGCGGCCUUAGUGAGCUCCGUCUUCAGAUCUCCACCAAGACGAAGCUGGUGGCGAGCUCGGACGACCUUGGCGCGGAGCUGGAGAAGCGGCUGCGCCGCAAGGGCAUCCCUGUGGAGUUCGCGCGUGCCACGGUGGACUUGGGCUCCGACGCUGCCGCAGCCAGGGUGAGGGCCUCUGCCAGGAUGAUGAUGCGCCGCGCCCAGGCAAGACGUAGGCAACGUAAAGUGAUGAAGGUCAGGCGCCUGGCGAAGCUUCGCUUUGUGACGAAGAAGCUCUGGUCGACGGGCGUGUACCCUGCGUCCGUCUUUGGUCAUCAGCUGAUGGGAACCCCUCCUACUACGCUGUUGGCCAUGCGACGCGAUGCAGCUGCAGCAGUGGCUGGAACGAAGCGGGGACGGUGCCUGACCACCGUGCUGCAGGCGAUCUAUGGCACUUCUGAGCCUGGAGUCGAUUUACGCCGCCAGCUGCUUCGUGAAUGGGUGGCCUUGUGGUUGUCACAGCCUGGCCUUCAUCCACGGAUCUGCAAGGUGUGGCCCAUCGUGUUGGCGAGACUCAAGCGUGGCAAGGCCGUCUGUUGGAAGGAUGUUCGUGGCCCGAUAGCUGCACUGCAAGCGACUUUGCUGCAAGUUGGUUGGGACCCCCAGUCGCCUUUGGUGUGGUCUCGCCCCUUAGCAGACGGCACGAUUGAUGAUUGGAUUUUCCCCUCCUUUGGUGACGAGCAGUUCGGCACGGCGGUGCUGGCCCACUUUGAUGACAUGCUGGGCGCCUUCAUGGAUGAUUGUGUUGCGCAGCAGUGGCAGUCAGCUUCUCAGCAUGCGGCUGGCGACGAUCUGGUGGACGGCGCCGACCUGACGACUGUGACCAUCGAGCUGAACCGCUUCGCCAAGCGGAUGCAGUUCGACGAGUGGUCGGCGGAUGUCGCCGUGGUGAGCGGCGGCCAGUGGACUCGUGAUAGGCAGAUCGCCGCAGGUUAUGCCUGCCCGCUGCUGUGCCCCCGUUGUAAAGAAAAGCCUGAGACUUUAGCGCACCGUAUUUGGACGUGCCCAGCUAACUGCGGGCACGAAGAUUUUGCAAAGACUGAUUUUCUGGUCCCCCAAGCCCUCGCGAGCCUGGACGCGCAGCCCGCGUUAUGGCUUCGCGGAGUGCCCCCGAAGGACCUUGUGGUGCCCAAGUUUGUGGAGAGCUCUGAGGCGGCCCAAAAG